AUGCUAUCAAUCAGACAUUUGAUCUUUCUGUUUAUUCUUUUUGAAAAUUCGCUUUGUGGAAUGUCAUCGAUACCCGACGGAACUGUCACUGUGGAAUAUGGUCGUAUUUCAAAUAUGGCAAAUGAUCGUAUUCAUGUCGCUGCUGCCUUAGUUCUUGACGAUUGCGUUCGCCAAUGUGUUGAUUUUACAAGAAACUACAAUCAAUAUGUAUUCGAAGAAUGCUUCGCUUACAAUUACGAUUUCUAUAAUUCUACAUGUGAAUUGAUACAUUCAGUUGCUCGUAUGGAUUAUGUAGUCAGUUCCCAAACACGUUGGAAGACUGGUUUUAAAUAUUGA